AUGCUCGUACCGAAGAAAUUUCAUGUUAUCACUGCUGCUGUUAUCAUUUAUGCUAUUUAUGUUUAUACGAAUGAUAAUUUGUACACGAAGUUACCAUUGUAUUUUGAUUUCAAUACGGUUGAUGAACGAUUUCAAUUGGUUUCAAAAAUAUUUAGGAAAAACUUUAUGGAUGGUUGGGAACGUGGAGGUGCAGCGAUAACUGUUUACUUUAAAGAUCAAAAAGUGAUUGAUAUUUGGGGCGGAUAUGCUGAUGUGCAAGCAGCCAGGAAAUGGCAAAUGAUAAGCGCCUACUUCAUUAGCCAAUUUUAUAUUUCGUUAUGA